CAGAAACACGAAUAGUGGUCCCAUUUUUCUUAAAAUCAACUGUGAAUACCACAAUUCACAUGGACGUCUUAGAACAAUUUUACAACCAACUAACACCAGAAGAAAAAAUGCCCUGUCAACAAGAUGGGGCAACAUGCUGCACCUUAGGGAACUCACUGGCACGGGUUUGUGAACUGGUUACUGAGGAGUGAACUGAGCAAGGAGUUAUGGCCGCCACAUUCCCCAGACUUGUCCACAUGAGAUUUUUAUCUGUGGGAAAAUUUAAAACAGAAAGUGUCCACUAACAAUCCACAUCGCUUGGAGGAAUUCAAGGAUAACGCCAUCCGCAGCAACAGCCAACAGAAUCCGACCUGCCCAGAGAGGCAGAGACCUGAACGGGGACCACUUUCAGCAUCUUCUGUGACUUGUGGAGAAUCCUGAUAAACAGUUUGAGGGAAACGACAUGUUAUUGCUAAAUUAUAAAGUAGAAGAUGAAGAUAUCAUGCUGCGCUCUACAGGAGAAAACCUCAUCACCCUUAAUGUACAUCCAGGACUUCACAGUACAGAUAUGUUGUAUAAUACUCCUAAUCUGGAGGAACCUUCUCCUGACCAAUCACAGAUUGUUACAAGUACAGGUCACAGAAGGCGUAAAAUGUUUCAAAGUGGUAAAGAAUUCAGAAAAAGAUCAUAUCUUUCUACAAACAAAAGAAUUCACACAGGAGAGAAACCAUACUUCUGUUCAGAAUGUGGGAAGCGCUUUACAUAUAAAUCGCAUCUUAUUAUACAUGAGAGAAUUCACACAGGAAAGAAACCAUAUUUAUGUUCAGAAUGCGGGAGAUGUUUUACACAUAAAGCAGAUCUUGUGAAACAUGAGAGAAUUCACACAGGAGAGAAACCUUAUUCAUGUUCAGAAUGUGGGAAAUGUUUUACAAAUAAAUCAAGUCUUGCUGAACAUGCAAGAAUUCACACUGGAGAGAAGCCGUUUUCAUGUUCAGAAUGUGAGAAAUGUUUUAUAAGUAAAUCAAAUCUUUUUACACAUCAGAGAAGUCACACAGGACAGAAACCAUAUUCAUGUUCAGAAUGUGGUAAAUGUUUUACAGUUAAAGCACAUCUUGUUAGACAUGAAAGAAUUCACACAGGAGAGAAGCCGUAUUCAUGUUCAGAAUGUGGGAAAUGUUUUACACAAAUAUCAAAUCUUGUUACACAUGAGAGAAGCCACACAGGAGAGAUGUAUUCAUGUACAGAAUGUGGGAGAUGUUUUACAAAUAAAUCAAGUCUUGUUAGACAUGAGCGAAUUCACACAGGGGAGAAGUUAUGUUCAUGUUCAGAAUGUGGGAAAUGUUUUACACAGAAAUCAGAUCUUGUUACACAUGAGAGAAUUCACACAGGGGAGAUGUAUUCAUGUUCAGAAUGUGCAAAAUGUUUCACAAGUAAAUCAAGCCUUCUUAGACAUGAGAGAAUUCACACAAGAGAGAAGUUGUUUUCAUGUUCAGAAUGUGGGAAAUGUUUUACCCAGAAAUCAAAUCUUGUUACACAUGAAAGAAGUCACAUCGGAGAGAAGCCAUAUUCAUGUUCAGAAUGUGGGAAAUGUUUUACACGAAAAUCAAAUCUUUUUAGACAUGAGCGAAUUCAUACAGGAGAGGUGUAAUACUGAAAUGUUAUAAGAGCAGAAAAGAAUUUAACCCAGUUAUUUAUAGAAUUAACCCUUUUAGCCCGUUUUUUUGUUUUUGUUUUCUACUCCCUGCCCUUCUGGGGCGAUAUCUUUUUUUUAUUUUUCCGCUUACAUAGACAUAUGAGGUCACUUUCUAAUUCCAAAAUGGAUGAAAUUGGAAAAAAGAACACCAUUCUGCAAUAUUUUUAUGGGUUUUGUUUUUACAGCACUCUUGAUAUGGAAAAAAUUACCUAUUACUUUCAGUACGAUUACGGAA